GAACAAAAAAUUGCACACAUACACACAAUCAAACAAUUAGAAUAAGCAGCCUAGUUGUUUGAAUUGGUUUUCAUUAUGGCAACAUUGAGCAUUGAAGUAAUCUCUAAAGAGAUAAUUAAGCCUUCUUCUCCAACACCUGACCACCUUACCCAUUACAAACUCUCCUUCAAUGAUCAACUAUCUCCUCCAGUCUAUAAUCCUAUGGUCCUCUUCUUUGCACCAGAUCAUUCUGACAUCGAAUUCAACAUCGAUGACAUAUCCAACCGCCUUAAGAACUCUCUCUCAGAGGUCUUAACCAAAUACUAUCCACUAGCUGGACGCUUCAAAGAGAACCGUUUCAUACAUUGCAACGAUGAAGGGAUUCCUUACGUGAAAACACAAGUGAAGUGCAAACUCUCUGAUGUUAUCAACAAUCCAAUUCCUGGUGAACUCAACAAGUUAGUCCCUUUUGAACUCGAUGCUCUCACUGAUAUAACAUUCGGAGUCCAACUCAACGUGUUUGAGUGCGGUGCAAUUGGUAUUGGAGCUUGCAUGUCGCAUAAGAUUGCAGACGCGUUAUCAUUCUUCGUGUUCCUCAAGAUUUGGGCAGCUACUACAUUUGGAGAUGAUGACAUUGAGUCUCCGCAGUUUGAAGCGGCUACACUCUUCCCACCAAAGGACUUAUCCGGAUAUGCUUCUGGUUUCGGUAUCAUAAAGGAGAAUAUAAUAACAAAGAGGUAUGUGUUUGAUGCUUCCAUGAUAGAAACUCUUAGAGCAAAAUAUGCAGACAAUGAAGGCCUUGAGAAUCAGAAACAACCUUCACGCGUUGAAGCCUUAUCAACCUUCAUAUGGACACGCUUUGUCGCUGCAACUAAGGAUGAAUCAGGACCAGAGAAGUUAUACACAGUGAAUCAUGCAGUGAAUCUGCGCCCAAGAACCGACCCACCACAGCCACAAUCAUCUUUCGGAAAUCUUUUUUCCAUUGCCAUAACAAUUCCGAUUUUGAAAAAUGGGGACAAGGGUCAUGGUCUCGUGCACCAGGUUCGAGAGGGAAUAAGUAAAAUUGACAAAGAUUAUGUGAAGAAACUCGGAGAAGGAAGCCAACACUUAAGUUUCAUGAGAGACCGUGCUUCAAGAUUCACCAAAGGAGAGAUGGUUACAUUUAGUUUCACCAGUUUGUGCAGGUUUCCUCUGUAUGAAACUGAUUUUGGUUGGGGAAAGCCUAUCUGGGUUGGCUCACCUGCCCUUACUUUCAAAAACUUGGUUUUCUUCAUAGAUACUCCUUCAGGUGAUGGAAUAGAAGCAUAUGUUAGCUUGAAGAAGGAAGAAAUGGCUAAAUUUGAAAGCGAUGAGGAGUUCCUCACCUUUGUUUCUCUACCAGGUAUUCAUCUGAAGAAUUAACGCGUCGGAGUAAACGAGUAAGAGAUAACAUUUCCCUUCCUGUUUAAUGUCCAUCAAACUGAAAAUCUUACUCUCUUUGGUUUUCUCUCAAGUCAAAUGGAUUGAAAAGCGACUUUCAAUCAUUUUCUACCUUUUUUUUUUCUUUCUUUCUUUUUUAUUAUUGUACAAAGUAUGUGUAUAUACGCAUACUGCGUGCAAACAAACGAUAUCUAUGAUUUCAAGUUAAAAUCGUAACUUGAAAAUCACGAUUUCAAUUGUUUGAACGCAGUAUGUGUGUGUACGUGUGUGUACGUACACACUAUGUACAACAGAAAUUACCGAAUCAAAUGUGUAUUCCAUAGCAGCUACGUCAACUCAAUGUACUACUAUGUUUAUGUUAA